UAUUAAAAAAAUUUGAUUAUUUAAAUGAUCGAUUAUUUAUACAUAAUAUACAUAAUAAACAUUUAAUUAUAAAUAUAUAUUUGUAUUCUGAAAUAAUAUUUAAUAACGAUAAAUUUAUUUUUCAUAAUUUUCUCUUACUAAAUAUACAUUUAUUUAUGUAAUAAGCAUUCAUAUUUAAAAAUUAUUUAAUUUCUAAUUAUAUUAUAAUAAUUUAGUAAAUUUGAUUUUUUCUAAUUGAUUAUUCGAAAAACUAUUUGUUUAAUCAAAUUUAUUUUCGAAUUAAUCCGAAUGAUUUACGUUGUAUACAAUAAUUUAAUAUUAAGAAAUAAAUUAAUCACAAAUCUUAUUUAUAAUUUACGCAAUAACCCAAAAAAAUCUAAUGACAUGUAAAAAUAUGUAAGGAAUUGAAUUUUCUUCUUGGAAUUAUUUUCUUGAUUUUUCAUUUAGUAUAUAAAUCUAAUUAAAAGUCUCAUUAAUAUCUUUGAAUAUGAAAUAUAGAUCAGAAAGAGUAUACAAACUGUGUUCCUAAAGAUUUUAAUUUAUAUAUCUGUAUAACUGUUUUUCCGAAAACUUUCUGAUACUGGUCAGUGUUAAUGAAUAUCUUAUCACGUCAUUAAAAUUUUUAUCAACGAAUCUUUGAAUAAUAACAAAAUACAAAUAUUAUCGAAAUUUGAGGAAAAUAUUUUUUAUGAAGAUAUUAUUGUAUUUUUCAAUAAACUACAAUUUCUUUACAUAACAUUUAAAUAUUAUAUAAUGUAAUUAAUUAUAAAGUAUAUUUUUUUCAGUAUAAUUAUCAUAAUAUUUAUAUAUGUGUAUAUUUAUAAUAUAUUUACAAUAUAUAAUUAUUAAUUAUUAAUUAUAAAUAUAUUAUAAAUAUAUUUUGAAAUGAAGAAAAGACAAAUAUAUAAUAAAAAUUUAUUAAUUAUUUAAAAUACAUAUUAAAAUAUAAAUUAUAUCUAAAAUAUUAAAAAUUAUAAGUAAUUGACUACAUUUUCAAAUUGGCAUUUUUCUCAAUGUAAUUGCAUAUUACUAAGCAGCUGUAAAUCUGAGAAAUCGACUGAAAAGUUCGAACGUAGAGUAUUAACCUAUCGCAGAAAACCCGUUAUAACUCACGAACAGUGUACAUAUAUAUAUAUAUAUACAUAUACUGAGAACAUUUCGAAAGAGUGAAUGCGUAUGGAUAGGGCUUUAUGCUCGUCUGAACGUUGAAUCCGUCCCCUGUCGUCCCACCAGGAUCCCCCACUCUGAUAGUUCGAGUCCAUCCCUUCAGUGGCUCGGCAGUGCGCGUUCGAUACAUGGAAUCGCCUCGUGGUUCUCGGAAGGCAGUAGACUGUCGUCAGCCACGCCAGACGGCGCACUGCUCGCACGCUCAUUGCUCUCUCGUCAGAGAUACUCGCCCACUGGUUCACCCACGGCUGCUGUUACCUCGCUCUCGCGACCUCCCUCUCUCUCUCUCUCUCUCUGCUGCUGGCAGCAGCACACUCGACUUAGCGGGCCGCCAGUUACGCAAUAAUAACAACGCCGUCAGGAGGUGUAGCAUGCGCGUACUGUGCCACCUAUACGCCGACGAACGACCCUGGAACGAUGAGCUGCCGGUCCGUCGUCGUCGCCGCCGCUUCUGCUAUUACUGCUGCUGCGAUCACUUGUUGAAAACCCAAUAGGAGAGCGCGCAUCCGUAUUGCAAAACAGUCAUACUACACGAGCAUUUUCGUUUGGGUGGGAAGAGAUUGUGGUGAUAGUAGUAGUGGUGGUGGUAGUGGUGGUGGUGUCGACCAACAGGAGCGUGGAAAGUGCGUGUAGUGUUGUUGAACAGGAAUUAUCUUACAGGAAGAGUGAUGAAUAGUAACGUAGUAGACACGGCAGAAAGCGGAUUGAUUUUGUGCCGAGUGAGUGGCGCGGAUCAAAUGUUCGAUACGCGACACGCGCUUCGAGAUCCUACCUUGCGGUGGAUCGAAUCAAUUUCUUGCUGUUUGAAUCAAGGAUGAAUAAACGAGGAAUCGCAAUGCUUAUAGUGUAUCACAAUUAUUCGCUCAAAGCAUCGUUAUCUUUGUUAUCUGUCGAGCGAAGAUUCGAAACGCAGAAAUUGACUUCUAUAAGUCUCUACCACAGAAAAUUCAUGUGAGAAAGAAAAAGAAAAUUCCGUGAUGGAUACUUGUUGAAUCAUUGACUGAAAUCGUAUCGUUAUAUUAUUCUUGGGACCCAUGUGACAAAAGGAAAAGGAAUGACAUAAGAAAGAUAUAUCGUUGGAGAAAAACACGAGGUGCACGUUCGAGAGAAGUACACGAAGUGGUAAGUACACGAAAUAUGUCGCGAUUAGGCGCCAAUGACGUCAGACAAGAGUCGUGGAGCCGUGUAAGUCGUAAGAGGAAUUCGUUUGUGGAGUUUGCGGUGCGUUUACCGACACGUUCACGUCGAUGUGUUCGUUAUAUUACUGCUGGCGAUAGUAAUCGUAGUAGUAACGACAACAGUAUCUGUCAGAAUAGUAUUGGUGCUGGUAAGAGUUGUGUAGUGGUUUCGGUAUCAGUGUUGCCGAACAGAAGAGUGGUGGGGCUAAAGGAGAACCCGUGUGGAAUUGCUGCGUGGUCCGUCGUGGUAGCCAAUUAUAUUUUCUACGUGUGUGCUACGCGGGCAAUGACUAACUGCUCGCCGUUAAGUGUGUUAGUAGGAGAUAUCGUCGACGGACUCGUUUUUGCGUUGGUGUUACCGUCUACGUCAGCACCGGUCGGACGGGAUUUGCAUAGCAAACAGAUUGACGCGCUAGUAAGUGGAUAACGAGAGAGGAGUCGCGACUUUGUGUCCCACCGCGUACCAAAGAGAAAAGGAUAGUGUAUGUCUCUCUGUGCUGCUCUCAUGUUUCUGUAAGAAAGAAAGAGCGAGGAGAGUAGAGCCAAGAGACGCAGACGACGGGGCAAAUGUGGAGCUUAAAAUAGAAGAGUGACUUCGGCUUAAGUACGCGCCAGGGGGACAGGCAAAUAAAGAGUAACCGAAGAGGGUGUCUUCUUUCCGAUUUUCUUCCAAGGAAAUCAUUACUGUGCUUCUGUGAUACGUUACUCUAAUAUGUUUGGUACUAUUACGAUCGUGGUCAUAUAAGAAGACAAAAGACAGAGAUAGUAUAUUUAUAUGUACAGAAAGUUUUUCAUUUACAUCCCGUGUAAAAAUAAUAAAUGAAGACUAAUAUUGAAAAAACGACGAUUGGUUAUCGUAUCAGAAAUUUCGGUAGUGAGUGUUCUGUGAUAACGUAGUGUGAAUCGAAGAAUGAAAAAAAGCAAAGUGUGAUUCUUCAUUCAUUUUUGUCAGUCUGACAUUUUUUAAUUUGAGUAAAAACGGAUUAUCGUAACCGACAAACUGGAGGCGUCUGCAUCUCGAUCUCUCCUAUAAUGGAUCGUGACUCGCGUUCGUAUUCCUGCGGAGGCUGCGAGAGGACCGAGGUCCGAGCUAUGCCGAUGGAGUAACAAGUGAGCGGCGAAGCGGCGUUGCCAUGACGACAGAGACUCACACUGUGGCGAUGACAGACCCACAGUUGACAAAUAACAACAAUAACAACAACAACAACAACAACAAUAAUAAUAAUAACAACAAUAAUGAUGGCGAGCCAAAGUACCUGCACAAGAAGUUCAAAAAGAUCGCGACGACUGAGGUUACAUCAAGGGUGGAGCCGAAGAAGGAUGCUAUGGUCAACAACGGUUCUCCAGAGCCAGCCAAGAGAAAGGACUUGGAGAAAGACUCUAGAGAAUCGUCGAAAGACCCGAUCAAGAUCGAAAUCUCUCCGGAAUCAAUGGACGGAGAACCGACCGAAUCGAGGAAAAAUGGCUAUGUGUGUCCUUAUUGCAGACUAUCGUGCGCGAAACCUAGUGUUCUGCAAAAACACAUCAGAGCUCACACAAAUGAGAGGCCGUACCCUUGUGUGCCUUGCGGGUUCGCGUUCAAAACCAAAUCGAAUCUCUACAAGCACUGUAGGUCUCGCGCUCACGCCCUCAAGAUGGAAGGUGGUGAUGCCAGCAAGGUAUCGGAGGAUUCAGAUAUAAGUUUGUCUGAUAGCGCGAGCAACGGUACUGGCACACCACCUCCUCCUCCGUCAUCAACACCUACGAUGACCGUGACUAAUGUGAAAACAAUUAAAACCGGAAAAAUUUACAAACCAAAAUUUCACACGGCCCUCCAGUGUGUCAAUAACGAUAUCGAAACGUCUUCCCUCUCCUCCACUUCUUCCACGAACAGUUCUUCCUCAACGAUAGCUAUAACUAUGCCGAAACCGAAUCCGGAACAAGUGCAAGAGCACAUCGAUAAAAUUAUCACGGAUAAUCAGGCGAUCGUCGUCGCAGUGGAUCCACGAUUACACAAACUGGUUCAAAGACAGCAGAGUCUCGUGGAGACAAAGCAAUCUGUCGAUCAACCGUUGAAUCUCUCCUCCGCAAAGGAAUCUUCGAGAAAACGAUGCUACAGCGAGAGUUUCGUUCAGGAAAACAAGGAUUGUCCGAACGAUUCGGAGGGCAAUUCCAUAAUCAAGGAUCUUUUGCUGAAAAAUCAAAACUCGUGUCAAGAGAGAACGGCGGAGAACGAAAAUUAUUUUUGCCCCUCUUGCGACAUCCCUUACUCGGGUAUCGAUGUUCUUGACGUUCAUCACAGGUACUACUGGAACGGUAGUGCGAGUCCUCGAAGAGAGUAUCAGCUGGAGAUCGAGAAAGGGGAAUCCGAUUUCGAUUCAAAGUCUUCCGAUUAUUACAACAACUUACAACCUCUUCCUUCUCCUGGUCCCCUUCUGGGUAAUACAAGACUAGUCGACACGUACGUGCCACCCGUGAAGAAACAGAGGCCGGAAUCCGUACCGACUACAUUGCGAUCUCUCGAGGAACUGAGCAAGUAUCCACGGCCAAACUCGUUACAAAUGUUUGGGGGUGAGGUGAGAAUACUGGACAACACUGGCGAGACCAAGACGAUGAGGAUCGAGCCACGUCAAACUAAUUCUCCGACAAAUGAGCAGGCCGUAAACAGUAAAUGCGUCACUUCGGAGACCGCUUCGAUCGUGGUCAGAUCUGGUCUCCAUUCGGGUGGCACGAUGGUGUACAAACCACCGGGCACGCCGGUCAGCAUCCCGAGUUCCUCCAUAUCUUUGCCCAACAUGCCGAAAAUGUUGGCGCCGAUCAUACCAAACAUAUCAACUCCGAAUAUGCCGAAUAUACCUUCCGUAGAUUUAAUCGCGAAAACGGACAAAGUUGAGGCGAAGUUGGCGAAAAAUGACGUGCCACUUAAGGAAGAGACAAAACCGAAUAAAUUUUUGAGGCCAACUUCGUUACCAUUGAAACCGGGCACGUUCACGCCUAAGAAGCAUCACGGUAUCACUCCAACGGCGAAUACGCUUCCGCUUAUAAGCCCGGAAACCCCGCGGCCGAAGAAAUCCUAUGGGCAGCUUUACUUGAACGGGCACGCUUAUACAUAUCUUGGCCUGAAAUGUUCGACUAGGGUGUUUUAUUGCACUCUGAACAGACCCCAGCCGAUGUAUGUCACGCAACAACAUGGUUUAUCCAUGUACUCGAAUUGGGAGAUAUGCAAAGAAGCGCCACCUGAUGUUGAUAUGGCGCAUUAUGAUUCGAGGCACAGACCGCUUAAUUAUACAACUGCGUGGAAAAAGCAGGAGGAUAUUUUGACGCAUUCCUCGCACAGGCCGACCACGCCGACUAGUUCGGAUAGUGAUAUGCAAGAUAAAGCGAAGAGAGUGAAGAUAUUCGAUGGGGGCUUCGAGAGCAACGAAGAUUAUACGUACGUUAGAGGCAGAGGUCGAGGUCGCUAUGUUUGUGAAGAAUGUGGCAUACGUUGUAAAAAACCAUCCAUGUUAAAAAAACAUAUCAGAACACAUACGGACGUAAGGCCAUACACGUGUAAACAUUGUGCUUUUAGCUUUAAAACCAAAGGCAAUCUCACGAAGCAUAUGAAGUCGAAAGCUCAUUACAAAAAAUGCGUGGAAUUAGGCGUUGUCCCGGUACCUACAGCAGUCUGCGAUGAAAACAUCGAUAAAGACGCUAUAGCCCGAUUAGCAGCAGGUGGCAAUAUCGAAGAGUCCUCAGAGGAAGAGGAAGAAAGCGAAGGAGAGGAGAGCGAAGAAUCGAGGAGCGAGGAGCAAGAAGCUGCACAGAGUUUGCUAAGUCUGUCGCAACGUAAUACGAAUAGAUAUCCGGGGUUAUUGCCGUUUGGACGACCUACGACUUAUCCUUACACUCUUACCUUCCCGACAACCUCCACAUUCGCGAGCGUAUCCACCACGAUAAGCAACAAUACCUGUCUGACUAGCCAACCUGUCACUAUGCAAAAAACCACUCUCGUUCGAAACGAAUUGUCCCAACGCUACUAUUUUUCGAGUCGAAUCGGGCCUGAGGACUCGAGGACGAGCGUGAUUCAAUCAUCGAAGAAAGAAGAAUGCCCUGAUGUCGAAGUGAACGAGAUCGUCGAUACCGAUUCAGGAAAUAGUUUGCCGCAGCCCAUAGAUCUGACAACGAAGCCAGCCUUACAAACAUUGCCCUCUUCCAUACCGCAAAGAGUCAGGCCAGCGGACAUUUUAACUCCCGUUUCGGAACCGGUCUUGUUACAAACGAUCGUUCAAACUAUGGAAAGACUGCCGAUACAGGGGAGAGAGUGGAAACCGGAUGCCGAGGGACACAUGUUGCAAGCGUAUCUCACUGAAAGGCAUGUUAUGGAUAGCAAGAUUAAACAACAGUAUCGGGUGGGGAACAUUAAGAAACAAAUGAAGGAGAGGGAUAUUUAUUCGCAACAAAACUCCCCGAAAUCGAGAAGCAUCGAAUUAAUGGAAAAUAUUCCAGCAACGACUUACACCGAUUCCACCAAGAUGCAAAUGCAGGCAGUGAUAGAUUCGAGAAUCAAGCAUACAUCGAAGCAUACCGCGGAAAAUAUCAACUUAACGAGUCCUGUCAAUUCGAAAUUGAAUCACGAUAUACGUUUGAGCCAAGAUAUGUCUUCCUCGAAUAACAUGGAGAUUGCCAGGCCAGUCAACAUGGAUAACAGACCUCCGAGCAGAGAUAUGAUUUUAUUAUCGGACAACAGACAUGCCCAAUCUCAAGAAUCGAGAGUUAAUUUCGAAAAGUUGCCAUUAAUGAUGCACGAAUCCUCUAAAAUACACGAAGUCUCGAGACCGCAGAACAUUGACAUGAGAAACAUAGAUCGUAUCGAGAUGAAUCAUACGGAUAUAACGAAACAAAGCAUUGCGGAAAGCAUUAAACAUACAGUUGCGCGGAAAAUGGUUGUUGGAGGGCCAGGCUUCAGAUCACCCUUUCCUAACGCAUCAACCACCAAACCACAAGCUGAAUUCUUGCAGCCUUCGAAUGGACCUGCCCCUAAUUACGUCAGUUACAGUGUGACUGAGGAUGGAAGAAGCGUGUGCGGAAUUUGUAAUAAGGUGUUCAGCAAACCUAGUCAGUUACGGUUGCAUAUCAACAUUCAUUACUUCGAGAGACCAUUUAGAUGUGAAAGUUGCGCUGUUUCUUUUCGGACCAAGGGUCACUUGACAAAGCAUGAGAGAUCUGUUUCUCAUCAUAAUAAGGUUAGUAUGACUUCUACAUUUGGAGCUGCAACUACCAGCAAUCCUAGACCAUUCAAAUGUACUGACUGUAAAAUAGCAUUCAGAAUACACGGUCAUUUAGCAAAGCAUCUUCGUAGCAAAAUGCAUAUUAUGAAAUUAGAAUGUUUAGGAAAAUUACCGUUUGGAACAUAUGCUGAAAUGGAAAGAUCUGGUAUCAAUUUAAAUGAUAUUGAUACUACUGACUGUGAUAAUAGUCUUACUAGUCUUCAGAUGCUGGCUCAAAGACUUUGUGAAAAAGAUCCUACUAAAAUAGGACAAUGGGAUCCUGAAACAAUUCCAAGUCAAAUGAUCAGCGGUGGUGAAACUUCAUCGGAUGAAGGUGAGCCUGUGCCACAACAUAUGAUGCAUCCAGAUCCUGUGAAAGUGACAGACGCGGACAUGUCUCGAUAGUAUCAUGUGCCAAUCUCGAACGAAGAUUCGAAAUUUGAUGUUCGCCAUACAAAUCUUCAGUUUAGUUAACAGAGACGCGGGUACGGUAUGAAAGGCUAAAUCAAUCUACAUUUCUCAUAAAUGAUACGAGAGCAGAACGAAAUCAUGCAAUCAUACAAGUGCCAACUUUAUACGGUGUCUUGCAUAUUAUGAAAAAGUUAAAAGUACAUUUGCUUUGUUGAACAUAAUAUCAAAUCAGAUUCUAGUACAAAUAUUCAAGAGAAUAAAAACAAAACUUUGGACAAGUGUAGAGAGAAGAAAGAAUACUCAAAAAAAAAACUAUGGAGAAAUUUGUAGUCAAGAAAGAUUACAAAAAAUAAUCGAAGACUCAUAGUGCCAAAAUAAUAGAGCGGACAAUAUAGACAAUCUGCGGUGAAAUUAUUUCAAAAGAACUCGUUGCCGUAAUCGAUAAAAUAAUUAUAAAUAGUAACAAAAUAUUAUCUCUUUUCGAAGGAAAUUUAUUGAAAGUAUCAUUAAUUAUUAAUAGUGUUUAUUGAUAAAAAUUGAAGCAAAUGUUUCCAAUAUACUAAAAAUGCAAUUUAAAUAAAUUAAAUAUUAUGGUGAUGUACAGCAAAUAUUAUCAAAAAAAAUUAUUAUUAUUAUUAUAAUGAAAUUCUGAUUUACUUAAUAUUUAUUCAAUACGCCAAAGUACAUAAUAAAUGCAUAUCUUUAAAAUGAAAAUAAAACAAAAAAAAUUUUGUUAUUUUUAAUAUUUUGAUGAAUAAUUUUUUUUCACCAAAUUAUAUAAUUCAAAAAGUGAUAAUUCAAAAAUUUUUAAUCGAUUCUACCUCUUGAAAUUUUAAUAAUUAUAUUAAAUUAGAAAAAAAUAUUGUUUUUGAUUAUUUUUUAGCUUCUAAUUAGAAAGUUCUUUCUAAACCUAAUUAAUUAUUAUAAAAUAUAUUAAUUUGAACUUGCUUUGUGUUUGUUGCAGAAAGAAUAAAUGACAUUUGUUUAUUUAAUGAGCAGAAUAUUUUCUGUACAUUUAUAUUAAAUUGAAGUAAAAUUUCAUAUUUAAGUUAAAAUGUUAUAUUUUAAUUAUAUUUUAUAUAAAUAGCAUUAUUCAUUUUACUUUGCUUCAAUCUCUCAAAAAAUUUUUUUUAAUGUACAUAUAUAACCAAGUUUUCAAUAUUUAAUAUAGUUAUAUAUGUACAUAAUAAUAAAUAUAUAUUGUACAGAUUUAUAACCAAUACCAGAUGUAUCACACAGUGUACCAAAAUAAUGAUUUAUUUAAAUGUCAUUCUUAGAUUUAAAAAAACAUGAAAUUAAUUUAAUUUUGUAUGAGUUUCAAAGAUUUACAAAAAAUCAUAUUAUUAUAUAUAUUCUAUUAAAAAAGCAAUUAUAAAUAGAAAUUGAAUGAAAUUAUUUAAAUUUUCUAUUAGAUAUAAAAUGAUAAUAUAUAUAAUAUAUUUGUUCAAAGAAGUUAUAUUAAUAUAUAAAUUAUUUAUAUAUUUUAAAAUUAAAAAAUUUCUGAAAUCUGAAUAUAUGUUUAUUUAUAAUAUAAUUUAAUAGUUACUUUUUCAUUUGUUUAAUUUUUUUUCAUUAUUAUAAAAAUGAAACAGUUCUCUAAAAUAUAUUAAUUAAAAUAUAUAACAUCUUUCUUUCAUUUAUAUAUAUAAUAAAUUAUUUAUAUAUUGUUUUUAAUAUUUUAAAUAAUUAAUUAAAAGAAUAAUUCCAACUUUUAUAAUUCUAGCUAUUUCUAAAAUUCUAACUAUAUUUUUUCUUAAAAUAUCUCUUAAGAAAUAUGUGAUUUUUUGGAACUCUUAUUAAUUGAAUACAAAAUAAUUAUAAAAUACUUUUAUAACAUAACUUUAUCAUAAAUUAAUUAAAAGCAGGAAAGAAAUGAUUUAAAAAUUAAAAAUUUAGCAAAUAACUUUUAUUUAUAAAAAUGAACAGAUUUCAUUCAAUUUCUAAUUAUAAAUUUUUAUGUUUAAUACUUCAUAUUAUAUUUUUUAAUUUUAAUUUUAAUUUUAAUUAAUAAAAUAAAUACAUUUAUCAUAAAAUUGUUCAAAAUUCCUAAUAAGUAUAAUUAAAAUAAUAAUGUGCCAAAUAUUUAUUAAUAUGUAAUAUUAUAAUUUUAAUAUUUUAUUUAAUUAUUAUGAAAAUCAUUUUUGAAUGACACAAUAUAAAUUAUUAAAAUUUUAUUUGGAAAAUUUUGGUACACAUGUGGGGAAAUACAAUUACAGAGUAAAGCGGACAUUCUAACUCAUUGAUAAGGAACAUAAAGUUCUAUUUUAGUAAGUGUUGUUUACAUUGCUAUGAUGUUCCAGAUAAAUAGUCUUUUAUUAUUGCUUAUAUUUUUGAAAAAGUAAAUUUAUACAUAUUACCGUUACUUCCAACAUUUAUACAUAAACAUUAUACACUACGAUUAAAAUUACAUUCAAAUAGUACAAUUUGAAAAAAAAAUAAUUCUAAAAUAUUGUUUUGAUUAAUUUAUUUAAAAAAACAUUUACAAUUUUUUCAAAAAUUUAUUAAAAGUUAUUAUAUAAAUAUAUCAUUUAUAUUGUUUUAAAUUGAAAAAAUAAUUAUUUAUAUAAUCUAUUACAAAAAAUUAAAUAUAGAAAAUAAUAAUUUAUAAUUUAAUCAUUUAAACCUUAAAAUUUAUUAAAUUUGUAACUUAAAUAUUAUGCUAUUGAAUAUUUGUAUUUACAUAGAUACAAUUUUAUUUACAAAUUUAGUUUACAAAAUUUUAUUUAUCUAUUUUUCUUAUUUUUCUGCAAUUUACAAAUUCACAUUUUAAUUAAAAUAAUUUAAUUUAUUAUUUUCUUUAUUUUUGACUUCUAUUAUUGUAUCUAAAUAAAAAACAAAUUAAAAACAAAAAUAAAAAAUUUAUCUAAAUUUUCAAAUGCCAACAUUUACGUUUAUUCUUACAGUUUACAUUUUAAUAUAAUUUUAUUUUAUGAUAAAAUAUUUCUUCAUUAUUAUAAUAUGAGCAAAACUGUCUUUUUCUUCAUAAUCAUAUUGUUAUAAGACCAUAACAUAUUUAUAAACAAAAUAUACAUUUAAUUUUAAUUUAAAAAACUAUAAGAGAAAAAAUUUGUAAUUUUUCCCUGUUUAUCUUUUAUAGAAAAUUAUCAAAUGGGAUAACCUUCAUUAUCUUAUCUUUAAUUAUGUGUUAUCUUUAAUGAAUGUGUUAUGUGUAAAGAGCAAAUGUUAAUUAUAUUAAUAAAUUCAAUAUAAAUUCAAAUAAAUAGAAUGUGAUUGUUUAUAAUGCUCACCUUUUAUAAAUGUAUUUUCAUGGUUCUUAUAACACUAUUGAGAAUUAAGAUUGUAAAAUUAUAAUUUACAUUAAUUUAAUAAAACUAACAAUUAUUUAUUAUUAAAACUUAUCUCUUUUUUAAAUAUUAUGUUUCAAAGCUAAGAUGUAAAGAAAUCUUGGCUUAAAAUCUAAUACAAUUUCCUUCGAAAAUUGAUAAAAUAUAAUUUGUAGGAGCAUAGUUCAUUUAGUAAAAGAUAAUAUUUAUAUAGUAGUGUUGUAUCAAUAUAAGGUGCAAUGGACUGGUAUGUGAUUCUGUAUUUAAAGUGCAACUGUUGCGUUCAACGUUAAAGAGUAUUCUAAUAUUAAAAAUUAAUAUUAUAUCUAAUUAUUAAUACACGAAUCAUAUAUAUACAUAUAUUUGUAUAAUACUAGUAUGAUCAAUUAUGAGAAUUAUUGUUGAUAUAAGAGAAAAAUAUGUUUGUAUAUAUUUAUGUAUAAUAUAAUGAAAUCAUUUUAGUCUUCAUGUUAAGAAGUUCAUAAUUGGGAACAGAAUCGGUUAUUCAGAUUAUUUAUAAAACAUAAUUUCAAUGAAUCAUUAUGUAUGUAUAUUCUUUAUUUUUUUAUUCAUUUUAAAUUCUUUACUUUUAAAACAGAAUUAGAUAAAAUAUUUAAAUCUUCUUAAAUACACAUUUGCUUAUUUCUUUAUUAAUAAUUGUUUUUAAUUAUAUUAAUUAUAUUAUUUGUAACAACAAAAUAUUAUUAAUUCAAAAGAACUGUAUUUUAAUAUACACAAUCAAAAUAAAAUAAUUUAUUAUCAACAAUAUCAACAAAAAUUAAACUGAAUCUUUUGUAUAAUAAUUUAAUAAUAAUUAAAUUAUUAUAAUUUAUUCCUAAUAUAAAUUAAUAAUAAUAAUAAUUUAUUCCUAAUUCUGUUUAAUAAUUGGUUAAAAAUAAUAUAUUCUUAAGUUUAAUUAAAUUUAAUUGUUGAUCAGAUUAUUAUCAAACUGAAUAACCGAUUUUUUGAUUUUGCUUAAAAUAUUUAAGCAGUAUAUACCUUCCACAAGCGACAGCUAUCUACUGUAUCUUAUAACUAUUUACAUAAUACAUAAAGCCCAGUUUUUAUACAUGUCCCUUAUAAUAUGUCUCUCAAGCACAACUUGUCUUUCCUAUUGCAUAAUCAAAUUUUGAUUAUCACAAUUUGUACCUAUAUGUGCUUGAGACAAAAUAGGAAAUGAAUUGAAUGAUCGCACAAUCAUAUAUAUGAGGUCCAGUUGAAAUAUCGCCAAACAAUAUCAAUAUGGUAUAGUUUGACAUAGUAUUUGAUGUAUAUUCAAACAAUUAAAUCAUGUAUGAAUUUUUAAAGUGUGCAUGUAUGUAUGUUCACAAUGCCAAGCCAACAAUAUUUAUAUUUUGAAGAAAUAAUAAGAUAAACAAAACACAACUUUUUCAUUGAAAAUAUAAAAUAAAUAAUAUUUAAUAAAUAAUAUUUAAAAAAAUUCCAUUAAAGAAAGAAAUUUUGGAAUACAGCUAAAGCCAAAUUUCAAAUAGUUUAAUGUUUAUCUUUGAACUAUAUCUCAUGUGAUAAUUAAGAUAGUUCUUUCAAAAUAUUAUUCUCAAUAUAUUUUCGAAAUAAUUAUUUUUUGUAAAAGUAUCAAAAAUUUUAAGAAACAUACAUAACAGAAAAUCCUUUACAUAUCAAAUCUAUUAAUUUAGAUCUAAGAAAUCAUAAAUAUCUACUUUUUGUCAUUUGUGUACGUACAGUAUAAUAAACAAUUUGAUCUAACAAGAGAAGAAUUUUAACUGCUCGUCUUCAAUUUUAUUGCUUUUGUACAAUAUUAUAGAUUUUUGAUAAUUAUAAUACAUGUAAAAUAUUAGAAAUAGUUAUUCAAUAGUUUUAAAAAUAUAAAUAAUUUUUUACUAAAUUUAUAAUUUUAUUUAUAGUUAUGUCAUAUAUAAUCUUAAAUCGUAAUUAUCAUAUAUAUAUAUUCGGGACAUAAAUUUCGAUACAUUAUAAUAAAUAAUUGUUUAUUAUAUUUGCAUUUUUUUCUUUCUUUAAUUAAUCUAGAAAAAUUACUUGAGAUUGAAAAAUAUUUCGCGGAAUGCUAUUCAUACAAUAUCAUAUUUAUAUAAAUUGGUGAUGAUAAAUUGAUAAUGGAUGAUGGAAUGAAAUCAAAUGCAAAUUAAUUCAUUUAAAAACUAUUAUAAAUAUAUAUAUAUUUUAAAUCUAUAUUAUUAAUAUUUACAUAUAUUAUUAAUCUAUAUACCAUCAUUGUACAAAAGCAUGUACGAAGUUGGAGUUCUUCCCUCGUAAGAUAAACUUGUAUCCUAUUAAAAAACAAACAUUGCAAGUAUGUUAAAUAACAUAUUUUUUCUAUUGUAAUUUGCAAAUAUUUUUAGAUAAUUUAUACGUAAGUAUUAUGUAAUAUACAAUUUACGUAAGUUCACUUUGUGUUAAUAUACAAACAAGAAAUAUUUAUAGAAUUAAUACAUGAAAUUCAAAUUCGUUAUAUUAUCAUUUACAACUAAUCUGACAACUAAAAUAUAAAUCUUAUUUUAAAAUAAAUUAGAUUACAAAAUACACAAACAUAUAAAUCAAUAAAGAAUUUUAGAAUAUUUCUGUACAUAUUUGGUACAUAUAAUAUUGUUUAUUAUGCAAAGUAUUUAUCAUUUAUAGUGUCACUGAAAUUAUUAUAUCAAAAAUAUAUUUUUUAAAAAAAAUUUGGCGAAUUAUCAUAUUAUUAAUUUUAAAAUUAUAUUUACAAAAAAAGAAAUAUAUUUCAAAAAAAAUUAUAUAUUAAACAUUGGUUAAAAAAAAUUAAAUUAAAUCAUUACAUAUUAUUAAAUAUUAACAAAUAUACAAUCUAAAUAAAAAAAUAUUUAACUCAAUGUUUGUGCCUAGAUAUUUUAUAAAUAAUAUUAUUUAUUAUUAUUAAAAAUUUCUAAAGAAAAAAAUAUUUAAAAAAACAUUUUGAAAGAAAAUAAUUUAUUAUGUUUUAUGUAUUAAAAAAAAAAUUAUAAACUAGUUACAAAUUCUUCCUAUUUUUAUAUCUAUUAAAAAAAACAAAAAAAAAAUAGCUAUUAGUAACUUAAUGUUAAUAAAAUAUAAUUUGUAUGGCAUUAUUUUUUUUUAAAAACAAACAUUAAUGAAUUUUUUAAAAUUCAUAAAUUUAAUACAAAGAAUAACUUCUUUUAUUUUUAUUUAUUUGUUUAUUUGUUAUUACUGUGUUUAAUAAUAUAUUUUUUGAAUAAAAGAAAAAACUACUAUAAAUGAUAAAAUGCUUUGUUUUGUAUAUUAUCAUUAGCGCUACACAUUAUCGACUAGUCGCAAUUUAGAAUUCAAAAUAAUAUAUUUAAUAUAAACUCAUAUGCACAUAAUCGCAGCUAUCAACUAUUUAGUUAUUACAAUUUUGAAAACAUGGAUAUAUUGAACAUGAUGAUCAAUGAAAUGUAUUAAAUGAAUUGAAUGUAUACACGAUAAAUAACUUUAAUUCAAAACAUUUUUAACAAAAUGAAUUUUAACAUGUGAAUAUUUAUUUUAAAAACCGAAUCUUUUUAAAGAUUAUUUAUAAUGUAAUAUUUAAUGAUUGUGCCAAUCAUGAUAUCUUUAAAAAAAAAAUCGGUGAAUAUUUCUUUUAUAUAAUUUUCUUACAAUAAAAAAUAUACAUAAUGUUUUCUUUCCUUAUAGUAAUCCUUUCAAUAAUUGAAUAUUCAUUUGAUUCGAUAAUCUCUGUGAUACUUUUUGAUCAUUAAGUUUGAUCGCCAAGUUCGAUCUCUCGAUUUAUCUUGAUCUGAUUGGUCGCGACUGCUCGAUAAUGCAAAACUGAUUUAUAUAACUUUUAUAAAAAGUUGGCUUGGCUUCUUCCAAAAUCAGUAUUAAAAAAUCGUAAAACAAACAGGUUUUAAAGUUACAUAUUUUUGAUUAGAUUAUUUUUUUUAACACAAAAUUAUUAAGAAAAAAAUGAUUUUUAUUUUAUUUCGCAUUUCAAAUUUCUAAAAGAAAUUUGUUUAUGUUCAUAAAUGAUUUAAAUUUUAUGAAUGUUAUUGACAGUAAUACUUAUAAACAGUUGACACACUAAUAUUUUAUGUAUAUUAUUAAGAUUUUAUAGAUACUUUUCCAGGCACAUAAUCUAAAUUAUGCUUAUACAAAAACUAUGUAUUAUAUUUUAUAAUUAGAAAUGCUACAAUAAUGAAACAUUUUAAAUUCAAAAAUUUAUUAGUGAAAAAGUAUUUUAAUAGAGGCCAAUUAAGCUUCUGCUAGUAAAUAUCAUAAUAUAACGGGACCGUAUUAAAACUUUAUACAAUAUAUAUAAAAAUAUGUCGGCUUUUAUGAAAUGUGAGAAUGCUAACAUUUUGCUAGUAUUGCCAUCAGUUUUCUUCCUGAUUCUGUGACUCUGUUGAAUUACUGAUAAAAAUGUAAUUUAUUUAUUGUAAAUAAAAACAUAUAUUGCUUAAAA